GGCGGGGGGUUUAUAGUGGCGGUGGGCCGCCGGCGCGCUGGGUGGGCAGCAGCUGCGGCGGCGUCAUGGAGUGCGGGCGGCAGGUGGCGAACUUCGGCGCCGGGCCGGCGAAGCUGCCGCGCUCCGUAUUAUUAGAAGCACAGAAAGAACUGGUGGACUACAAAGGACUUGGUAUAAGUGUUCUUGAAAUGAGCCAUCGAACCUCAGAUUUCACAAAAAUUUUGAAUACAGCUGAAAAUCUCAUGCGUGAAUUGCUAAAUAUACCAGAAAACUACAAAGUUCUUUUCCUCCAAGGAGGUGGAUCUGGUCAGUUCAGUGCAGUCCCACUUAAUCUUAUUGGUUUAAAGGAGGGAAGACAUGCAGAUUAUGUGGUUACUGGAGCUUGGUCAGCAAAAGCAGCUAAAGAAGCAGAGAAGUAUGCCAAAGUGAAUAUUGUUCAUCCAAAACUAGGAACCUAUACAAACAUUCCUGACCCAAGCACUUGGAAUCUUAAUCCAGAUGCAUCUUAUGUCUAUUACUGUGCUAAUGAGACUGUUCAUGGUGUGGAGUUUGACUUUGUACCUGAUGUCAAAGGGACAGUCUUGGUUUGUGAUAUGUCAUCAAACUUCCUGUCCAGACCUGUGGACGUUUCCAAGUUUGGCGUGAUUUUUGCUGGUGCUCAGAAGAACGUUGGCUGUGCUGGAGUUACUGUUGUAAUAGUACGUGAGGACUUGCUGGGAUUUGCACUGAAAGAAUGUCCUGUAGUACUGGAUUACAAAACACAAGCAAUGAAUGGCUCCUUGUAUAACACUCCACCAUGCUACAGUAUUUAUAUCAUGGGAUUGGUACUGGAAUGGAUAAAGAAUAAUGGUGGAGCUGCAGCUAUGGAUAAACUUAGUUUAAUCAAAUCACGAAUGAUUUAUGACAUUAUAGACAAAUCUAAUGGAUUCUAUGUAUGUCCAGUUGAGAAAAAGAACCGAAGCAGAAUGAAUGUCCCUUUCCGUAUUGGCAGUAUCAAGGGUGAUGAAGUGCUGGAAAAGAAAUUUCUUGAGAAAGCUGUGGAACUUAACAUGAUAUCUCUGAAAGGGCAUCGAUCUGUGGGAGGAAUCCGUGCCUCUUUAUAUAAUGCAGUGACCGUAGAGGAUGUUCAGAAGCUUGCAACAUUCAUGAGAAGCUUCAUGCAGAUGCAUCAGUCAUAAAAGCCCAUGGGUUAGAGCCAUGCUGAACAUCUAUGAAAUAAAAGCUGAAGGGUUUGAAACUUACUGUGGUACUGCACAGCUGUAGUGCACAAGUUAUGUUUUGUUUUGGUUCUUGUAGCUAUUUUAGUUAACUGCAUGGGAUUGAGGCCCAAUCUUGCAAUGACUUGGCAGCCUUGGCUUCACUGAAGGUGAAGAUCCCCAGACCGAUCACGAUUGGCUCCAAAAUUUGCAAAACAGUAUUCUUAAUGCGUAGUUAAAACAUGAGUAGCAUUGUAAGAUGCUAUAGAUCUGAGUCUGUUUCUUGCUUCUAGUCACAAAUGACUUCUUCAGCAAUGUCUUGUUUUCACUAAACUUCAGGAGGCAAAAGUUGUCAUAAGCUUUCUGUAAUGCUUUACAAAUACUCUGUGACUGCACAGUGAAGCUAGAACUAAUUUUAAGUGUUCUCUAAGGAUGUCUAGUUUGUUUAUCAGAUAUAUUCCAACAGUAUACCACCAGCAAGGAUAUCUAGUUUAUCAGAUAUAUUCCAACAGUAUACCACCAGCAGUAUUUAGGAGUUAAUGUAUGUUCCUAAUUUGAGGACGUUGCCUUUAGACUUCUGCUCCCAUGCUUGAAGUGCUAUCAUAACAGUUCCAUGUAGCAAUACCCAUUGUGGUUAAAGUCUGUAGGACUGGGCCUUUUCUCAUAUUAUCAUUUAUUGGUUUAUUGGAUUAUCAUCAUUACCAAGAUGCAGGAGUCUGUUAUUAAAUCAAUUUAUAAGAUGUUGUUUAUUUCUCAUAUGCAUUUUGUAUAUUAAACUUCCCUAGGUUAUUAAUUUUAUAUUCUUUUUUUGGAGUGUGCAUAUUUGCUCCUGCCAAAAACUUGUUUUCAAUUUGUUAACCUUGUGCCAAACUAGAUUGCUGUAUUCUGCUCAAUGGAUCUGUGACUUUCUCUGCACGGACUUCCUAGCCCAAAGUGCAGCAGACUUUCCUGUCUGGUGCUUCUUAAAUGUAUUCCCUCUCUAAUUGCUCCAGUAUUUUCUCUGCCUUUUCAUUGCUUCGGUUCUGUAGCCUUUUGUAUGUAACCUUUUGUAUUGCUUUGCCCAGCUGGAGUAAAUGGAAGUCUUAACUUCUCUGCCUUUUCCUGAUGCUACAUCACACUUCUGAUCCAACUUUCUCACUUGAUCCUUCUGGCUUAUUCCAGACUUUGAUACUCUGCGCUAGAGAAGGAACUGUAGUUAUGCAAAGAUCUUCAGCAAAUCUUCUGUUAUAGUACCCUUGAGUUACUUUCCUUCUCAGCUUGUGAAUUUACUGCCUAUGACUGUAUAUUGACACUAGCCUCCUAUUUUGACUGUGUAGAAGCUGCCUGCUAGUAUCAUAGUGUUUAGCAUUACUGUGGCUGGUUUCAGACUGUAAACUCUGUGGUACAAGAUUGGGAUUUUUUGAUUUUUUUAGGUAACACCAGUACAGUGUUAACAGUUUAAUAAUGAUAAUGAUGGACUGACUGUCCCUUUCUUGGUGCUCACAGCAAGUCAGUGGAGUUGUGCUAGGGUUGAGUUACAUUCCUAUCUGAAAAGUCAUCAUUUUAUGACUACUGUUCUGAGAUUUUUGUCAACUUAGUGUAACUCAAAGUAAUUAAACAAAUCGGAUGAAGAAAAUAAAACUUAAUCACAGCAUGCCAUGAA